UAUUUGUUUUUGAUAAUGCAAAGCUCUCUUCCUUGAAUAUCCUUGCGCGUCUUCAUGAUCACAUGGAUGUUUAUUCUCCUUCUUUCUUCUCUCUCUUUCUCUCAAAUUUUAAUCUCCAGAUAUUUUUGACUCAGGGAUCAACAAAACCCAGUUUUUUUUUUCUUGUCAAAUUACUCUGUUUUGAGAUCUCUGUUUUAACCGGCUUUGUAGAAUUAUGUCUUUGAGAUCAGAAUCUUCAACGGCAGAGAAGAUAACAGAGGAUCCGCUGACGUAUAAGACGGCUCAAAGCAGCGUGACGUGCAUCUACCAAGCACACAUGGUUGGUUUCUGGAGAAACGUUAGGGUUCUUUGGUCUAAAAAUCUCAUGAACCAUUCCUUAACCGUGAUGGUCACUAGCGUACAAGGCGAUAUGAAUUACUGUUGCAAGGUUGAUCUUAAGCCAUGGCACUUUUGGAAUAAGAAAGGAUACAAAUCGUUUGAGGUCGAAGGAAACCAAGUAGAUGUGUAUUGGGAUUUUAGGUCUGCUAAAUUCAAUGGCGGGCCUGAGCCGAGCUCGGACUUUUACGUGGCGCUUGUAUCGGAGGAGGAGGUUGUUUUGUUGUUGGGUGAUCACAAGAAGAAAGCUUUUAAGAGAACUAAAUCUAGACCUUCUUUGGUUGACGCUGCCUUGUUCUACAAGAAAGAGAAUGUGUUUGGGAAGAAGAGUUUUUCGACUAGGGCUAAGUUCCAUGAUAGGAAGAGAGAGCAUGAGAUCGUAGUGGAGAGCUCGACGGGGGCGAAGGAUCCAGAGAUGUGGAUUAGCGUGGAUGGGAUAGUUUUGGUUCAGGUGAGAAAUCUGCAGUGGAAAUUCAGAGGGAAUCAGACGGUUUUGGUUGAUAAAGAACCUGUUCAAGUGUUUUGGGAUGUGUAUGAUUGGUUGUUCAGCUCACCCGGUACAGGUCACGGCUUGUUCAUCUUUAAACCGGAGAGCGGUGAAAGCGAAACGAGCAAUGGAACCAAAGAUAGUAGUGUUUCUUCUUCGUCUGAUUUUUGUCUAUUCCUUUAUGCUUGGAAAUUGGAGUAAGUCUAAAUGUUUUCAUUCCAAAAGCUUGCAUUCUUUUUUGGCCUGACUGUAAAUUCACAUUCAACAUCAAUCUUAGUGUGUGACCGACUCUUGAUAAUUUGAGUAGUCAAAUUCA